AUGACUUCCAGUCAGACUGCUGAUGCCAGAACAUCCACAGAGGAAUUCCCCCUCCCAGAAGCCCUUCAUCCUACGUCCCUUGUAAUGAGGGUACUGUGUUUUUUGGCACUGGGACGCCCAAAUCUUGAUGAUCAUUGGAAGUCGCUCCAAUCAGAGCAAGCCUUCAAGACCAUUAGGACCAGGUUGUGCUCCAUCCUGGCCAGCACUAUCACCAUGGCAAGUGUCCUCCUCGCCACAAGUGGUGUUUUUGUCAGUACAGCCUCUCCCGUGUCGUACUUUGACUAUAUGUUGCCUGUUCCCUACUGUCUGGUCUUGAUAUCACUCAUGCUUGCCAUGAUUGCAAUGUUGACAUCCAGCUCAAGCAUGAUACGUUGGCUGCACACUGAUCGGCACUGGAUGCAAGAACAACUCAAGCUGGGCGGCUACUUUGUCCUGUCCUACCUGUUCUCGAUAGUCACACCUAUAUUCUUCGUUCUCUCAUCCCUGAAUUGUUUUAUAUUCGCGAUGUUGAUAACAGGUUUUUUUUCUCGUGACAUGAUCUGCUGUGUAGUCACUGCGCUCUGGAUGGUCACAUACAUUGUCAACGUUGGGACAAUGUUGAUGGAAGCUAUGUGGAAGUAUGCGACAAGCCUCAAUCACGCUGGACGUCGCCAGUAG